AUGAACUUCGGAAGGCGAGGGGGACCUGCUGGCGAAAGCCCUGCUCCUCAUUCUCGGCAGCCCUGGCGGAUCCUCGUGGUGGACGUUCGUGCCCCUCACUGGGCCCACGCCUGCCGCCAGACCUGUGAAGCCCUGGAAAACAUCUUGGCCCUGGCUGGCAGCCUGGUGGGCCUUCCCCGCAUCCCCCAGCUCAGCAUCUACGUGGCCCAGAGCCAGCCGGAGUGCCUGUUGCCCUUUGUGCCGGUGAGAGGGGGCUUUGCCCGCAUCCAGAGAGGCCUCGCGGAGCUCCGUGCCUUCCCAGCCGAAGGGGCGCUUCCGCCCAGGGAGGAGGCGGUGACCCAGGCGGUGAAGGAUGGGCUGCAGCAGUUUAAGCAGUUCAUCAGGCAGAGUGCAGCAGGCGCCCCCCUCAACAGCUCCUCCGUUGAGAUCACAGUCCUGACUGGCCAAGUUGGCACAGAGAUGGUCAAGCAACUGGAGGCUGGGCUGCAGGGCGCUGACCUGGUCAGUCUUCACCAGCUGCAAGUGGUCAUGAUUGGAAGGGAUCCGUUGCUGGACCCGUCAGAUGCAGAGGGACUCGGCCGUGCCAGAGGAGAAGCCAACUGCAUCGAGAACGCCAUGCUCCUGGGCACAGCCAUUGACCUCCAGGCCAUAGAGAACGAUCGCUUGGCCUUGGAGACUUUCUUCAAAGCUUGGCUACAUGACUGCGGCACAGACCAAGAGCACCUCCACCUCCUCUUGCCUCCUUGCGCAGCCGGGGCCAGCCCAGCGUGUGUGAAAUGCGACGUCCAGGAGAGGCUCCUCAGUCCUGCGCUCCUUCCUGCUGCCUGCAGCAGCAGCAACCCGGGAAACCCAGUCGAAGCCACAGGCCCCUUCUGGAUGAGGGCUGGCCAUGGCAUGCCCCCACACAGACUCCGGGUGGUCAGGGCGCUGAAGGCGGAAGGGCUGUGUGCUUCGGUGCUUUUCGGGUGCCCUCUCAUCAUCCGGCCCACCAGCUGCUGGCAGCUGAACUGGGAUGAACUGGAGGCCAACCAGCACAGCUUCCAGGCCCUCUGCCACUGCCUGUGGAGACGGGAGUGGGUGCUUCUGGCCCGGUGUGAGCCCUGGGAGGCAGGUCCUGGCUGGGGGCCCUCGGCAAACUCCUACCAGGUCCUCCUGCCUUCCAACUCCGCUUCGCUGCUGCUGCAGUCUGUCGCCGUCCGAGAGCUCCUUAUGCCCUGCAGCUUCCCCCUCCUCCCCGAAGACCUGCCUAAAGAGGCACUCGGCCGAAUGGAGCGCAUCCUGGAGGGGCUGCCGGUGGAGCCUGCCUACAACCCCCUGUGCGUGACGAAUCACCUGUACAGAGUGCUGAGGAGCAGCAUGGGCCGGUCGCAGGCCUCCAGACCACAGCGCACGGCUGGACGGCACCUGCCCCGCCAGCAAUCCAGCCGGCAGCCCCAGAGCAAGGCCCGGGCGGCUGUGGCUCCCCUGCGCGUGGGGCCCCCCCCACCGGCGAGCCCUGGACCCCUCCCGCUUUGCUCCAGAGAGGAAGAGGACUUCCUGGACACCCCCUAG